AUGGAAUCCAUGAAGGAGUCGGAGACCGAGGCGAAGACAGGAGCAGAGGCAAAACCAGAGGCAGAGGCAGAAAUAGAAACAGUUACAAACCGAAUCAGGAAAGAGAACAGGAACGUGAGUAGGGACAGGAACAGGAACAAUAAUAGGAACCGGUACCGGAUCAUGGGCCGGAACGGAAACAAAAACAGGAACAGCAACAGACACCGGAACCUGAACCGGAACAGAAAUACGAUUAUGAACACGAACGUGAACGUGAACAUGAACACGAACAUGAACACGAACAUGAACACGAACAUAAACACGAACAUGAACACGAACAUGAACACGAACAUGAACACGAACAUGAACACGAACACGAACAUGAACACGAACAUGAACACGAACAUGACCACGAACAUGACCACGAACAUGGACACGAACAUGAACACGAACAUGCACACGAACACGAACAUGAACACGAACAUGAACACGAACAUGAACACGAACAUGAACACGAACAUGAACACGAACAUGAACACGAACAUGAACACGAACAUGAACACGAACACGAACACGAACACGAACAUGAACACGAACAUGAACACGAACAUGACCACGAACAUGACCACGAACAUGGACACGAACAUGAACACGAACAUGCACACGAACACGAACAUGAACACGAACAUGAACACGAACAUGAACACGAACAUGAACACGAACAUGAACACGAACAUGAACACGAACAUGAACACGAACAUGAACACGAACAUAAACACGAACAUGAACACGAACAUGACAUGA